AUGUCUUCACAAAUCAACGCGUUCAACCUCGAGACUUGCGCUCGCCCCAACAUCCUGGCUCUCGAGCCAUACAGAUGUGCCAGAGAUGACUACAAGGACGACGGCACAAACAUCUUGCUGGACGCCAAUGAGAACGCAUACGGCCCUGGUCUGACGAUUGACGACGCCUCGGGAAAGCUGAAGAAUGCUCUGAAUGGAGACGGCAGUGUCGAGAUCGACCUUCUUGGCCUCCACCGCUACCCGGACCCUCACCAGCCAGAGCUCAAGCAACUACUCUGCACCCUCCGAAACACCCACACCCACACGGAACAGGAAUUGACACCGGACAACCUCUUUGUCGGCGUCGGCAGCGAUGAGGCCAUUGACGCCCUGAUUCGCGCCUUCUGCACCCCUGGAAAAGACAAGAUCCUGACCUGCCCUCCCACAUACGGCAUGUACUCGGUCUCUGCCCAAGUCAACGACGUCACGGUCGUCAAGGCCCCGCUAGACGUCAACAACGACUUCGCCCUCCAACCCUACCUGAUCAACGAGAUGCUGUCGCAAGACGCAACCAUCAAGAUGGUCUACAUUUGCUCCCCCGGCAACCCGACCGCCAGCCUUGUCAGUAAACAGCACGUCGAAGCUGUCCUCAGACACCCCACAUGGAACGGCAUUGUCGUCUUGGAUGAAGCCUACAUCGAUUUCGCCCCCGACGGCACCUCUCUGGCCGAGUGGGUGAAUGACUGGCCCAACCUCGUCGUCAUGCAGACCCUCUCCAAGGCCUUUGGUCUCGCUGGUAUCCGUCUGGGGGCCGCCUUUACAUCACCGCCCAUCGCGACCCUUCUCAACUCCCUCAAAGCUCCCUACAACAUCUCAAACCCCACUUCACAACUUGCCAUCGCCGCUCUCCAGCCGAAGAACCUCGCCGUCAUGCGCAGCAACCGCGACAAGAUCAUUACACAACGCGACCGCAUGCUCAAAGAGAUGCCUUCCAUCCCAGGCAUCGGUCGCUUCCGUGGCGGUGCCGCCAGCAACUUCCUCCUCGUAGAAAUGCUCAACGCUUCCAACGAACCCUCCAACGAAAUCGCCCUCGCAGUCUACGAACAACUCGCAGAGUCCCGCGGUGUCGUCGUCCGCUUCAGAGGCAAGGAGAUGGGUUGUCUGGGCUGUUUGCGCAUCACCGUCGGCACAGAAACUGAAGUCACGAGAUUCUUGAGAGAAUUGACCGAGGUUCUUGCGGGUGUGAGGAACCAGUUGAAUGGUACGGCUUUGGACAAGUCGGAGCAAAAGACGGAGGAAAAAGCCGAGCAAGAGGCCAAUGCUGUUGUGUCUUAG